AUGGCCAUCCGUUGGGCGCUGAGUACUGAGGCUGGUGAGGGGGCUGAGGAUACCACGCUGGAUUGGAGGGGGUAUUAUGAUAUUGAGCAGGGUCCCAGCAUUACACCAGAAUGCUCAAACUCCUCCUUAAACACCGCCUGCGCCUUGACAAAUGGUUCCACAGAAACGUUCACCGAAAUGGGCGAUCAAGACGAAGACGACUUGCGACAAUGCUGGCGGCCGGAGGAUCUAGAGAAAAUUUUGCUUGGGGAUGACAAAGUUUCAAUCUCUAGAAUUUCCAAAUUUGGGCUCAUCCAUGACCGGUACGCCAGGCUGAAGGGGCUGCAUGUGUUUUCCGCUCAUCAAGAGGAAUACCUUCCAGUCUCAAAGCAAUGGGGGCUUGGCCUGUCUCGUAUCCUUAAUGAGGGCAAUGGUGCAGUCGCUACAGAUGCCUUCAGAAGGAGCGGCCACAAUUUCACGAGCAAUCCUUUCAAAGAAUUUGUGCGGGAAGCAUCUGGCAUCCAGUCUGACUCCAUCGAGGCUUUCUACGGAAAAUAUGAGCGUCUCAGUAUCAAACUCUACUACGAUGUACUGAAGGCACCAAAACACCGCGAUGUUUUGUUAGAGCUGAAAACAAUCUUGGAAAGAAUUGAAUCCGACCCUUUCAUAAUUACCACAAUCGAACACACUUGGCAAACCCUACUCGUGAAGCAACAAAAACGGCGCGUUAUACCCUCGGACGCAGGGAUAGAGGGAUUGACCAAAAAGCUCAACAAAAUAUUGGAUCGCGUCAUCAUCAAUCCAUUGCAGCAGCUACUCGGGAAGCCAUCACCCGUCCCCCAGAUACUUAAAGAUUUAGAAGUCUUGACUUAUCGUUUCCAUGACUAUUACUGCAUGGCCUCUCAAGUCGACUGGGACUCUCCAUUUGAUACAAACAUCUACUUUUUAGAGCAAAUAAGAUGGGGGCUGUCAAUUCCUGCUCUCGCCGAGGCUAUAACGAAGCAAGAUCAGACCUUGUUCUCCCUGUACAUCACAGUUGCGUUCACCAAGAAUCAGGACACAUCAAAGCUAGAACAAGCGCGGUCUUCGUUAAACAGAAGAUGGAGUAGCUUCAGCAAUGAUAUCAAGUAUUGUCUAGCUGCUAGGAUUGAUGUAGUUUCCCAAGUUGAUCAGCUUGCACAGGCCUUUUACCUUCGUCGCAACUACUACUCUCUGACAGCCAUUAUUAAUGGGGUUAAAGAGAGCGGGCUUGAGACAGAUGCACUAAGAGAAUUUGGCAAGCUUAUAGAUUUCGCGUACUAUCGACAGAACAUAAACACCAAAACACAAGAUGCGUUACAUUUUCUUUCCCCCGCAAUUUUCGACUUUUCAAAAGGCAAAAUCGGAUCAGCGCAGAAUGUCAUUUCGGCAUCUGCGUCGUACACUUCAGGAGUCCGAAGUCCAGGUCCUCUUAUGAAGUUCAAGCCUCAGGGCCACAACAAUAUGGGAAAACAUGGUUCCUCGCACCAACAUGGGACUCCAUAUUAUUGGUUUCAUUUUGUCAAUCCUUUUUUUGCCUGCUUUGGUGGCCAACAGUCUUAA